UAUUCUCGGUCCUUUUUCUACGCGUGCCCGUGGAGAUCGCUUGUGUCCACGAGAUAGGGAAUCCAACAAGGAAGAUGCCGUCAAAGAUCAUCUCUCAAACCGAAGACGUAGCCAUGGUGGAGGAAACCGACUCUACCGAGGAGAGCAAGACACCCAAAAAACUAAAGGAGAAGAAGACCAAGGAGGAGAAGAAGCUGAAGAAGAUGAAGAAGUUGGAGGAUGCUCGUCCUGUGGAGGAGGAAGUGGAAGAAUGCGAACCUCCACCACCCAAGAAGAAGAAGAAGAAGAGAGACAAGGCAGACCAAGCUAACGGGCACGCGGAACCAUCAAUCGACACGAAUGGCAACAGUGUCGAAUCACCUUUGGAAACAAUCUCCACUCAUUCCAUUGAAGAGAUCAGCGAAGCAGAGAAAGCAGAGAAGAAGAAGAGGAAGAAGGAGAAGAAGAGAGCAGCAGCCAAAGAGGAGCAGGAGGUCAACGGAAUCUCACCUAUGACCCCCCUGACUAACGGACAUUCCACCUUGGUGACCCCGGCCCUGACCCCGGCCCAGUCCAGCGAGGAGGACUCUGAUAACGAGAAAGAUACGGAGACACCAGAACAAAAACUAGGAGCCUUCUCCAACUUCAGAAUCUCCCCUCAGACCAUCAAGCUGCUGCAAGCGCGCGGGGUGAAAUACCUGUUUGACAUCCAGGCCAAGACAUUCAACUCAGUGUACGACGGCAAGGACGUGGUGGGUCAGGCUCGCACGGGAACAGGAAAGACCUUCUCCUUCGCCGUGCCCCUGGUGGAGAAACUGCAGGCUGACCCUGAAGACAAGAGGCGAGGAAGAGCCCCCAAGGUGCUGGUUCUGACCCCCACCAGAGAGCUGGCCAUCCAAGUGGCCAAGGACUUCAAGGACGUCACCAAGAAGCUGUCGCUGACCUGCUUCUACGGAGGCAGCUCCUACAUGCCCCAGCUGGAUGCCAUCCGAAGCGGGAUCGACAUCCUGGUGGGCACGCCAGGCCGGAUCAAGGACCACCUCCAGAACAACAAGUUGGACCUCUCCCAGCUCCGACAUGUUGUGCUGGACGAGGUGGACCAGAUGCUGGACAUGGGCUUUGCUGAGCAGGUUGAGGAGAUCCUGUCUGUCUCCUACAAGAAAGACUCUGAGGACAACCCCCAGACCCUGCUGUUCUCUGCCACCUGCCCCCCCUGGGUGUACGAGGUGGCCAAGCGCUACAUGAGGGGCCAGUACGAGCACGUGGACCUGAUUGGCAAGAAGACCCAGAAGGCUGCCACCACGGUGGAGCACAUGGCCAUUGCGUGUCACUGGUCCCAGCGAGCGGCCGUCAUCGGGGACGUGGUGCAGGUGUAUUCUGGGAGUCACGGGCGCACCAUCAUCUUCUGUGAGACCAAGAAGGACGCCAACGAACUCUCCCUGAAUGCCUCCAUCAAACAGAGCGCCCAGUCCCUGCACGGAGACAUCCCGCAGAAGCAGCGGGAGAUCACGCUGAAGGGCUUCAGGAACGGCGCCUUCGAGGUGCUGGUGGCCACCAACGUAGCGGCCCGCGGCCUGGACAUCCCCGAGGUGGACCUGGUGGUGCAGUGUUCUCCUCCCAAGGACGUCGACUCGUACAUCCACAGGUCCGGCCGUACGGGCAGGGCUGGCCGGACAGGCGUGUGCAUCUGCUUCUACCAGCGGAAGGAGGAGGACCAACUACGCCACGUAGAGCACAAGGCUGGAAUCACAUUUAAACGUGUGGGUGUUCCUACUGCCCAUGACAUCAUCAAGUCGUCCAGUAAAGAUGCCGUCAGGUAUCUGGACUCUGUGCCGACGACAGCCAUCGAGUAUUUCCGCGCGUCGGCAGAGAAGCUGAUUGAGGAGCGUGGGGCGGUGAGCGCCCUGGCUGCUGCCCUGGCUCACAUCUCUGGAGCCACCUCCCUGGAGCAGAGGUCUCUGCUCAACUCUGACGCUGGCUUCACCACUAUGCAGCUGAGCUGCUCCCAGGAGAUCCACAGCUUUGGCUACGCGUGGCGGGGUCUGAAGGAGCAGCUAGGCGAGGAGAUCGACAACGUCCUCCGCGGCAUGACCUUCGUCAAGGGCAAAAUGGGGGUGUGUUUCGACGUGCCUGCUGACAAAGUCAAGGAGGUCCAGGACACAUGGCAGGACGGUCGCCGCUGGCAACUCACCAUCGCCAUGGAGCUGCCCGAGCUGGAGGAGAAACCAAGGAUGGGCGGUGACCGUGGCGACCGUGGCUUCGGAGGACGCUCGUUCCGGGGCGGUGGAGGAGGAAGGGGCGGUAACCGUGGAAACAGUUAUGGAGGUGGUGGUGGGGGCAACUGGCGAGGCGGCCAGAAACGAAGCUUCAGCAGUGCCUUUGACUAUUAAGCCCCGCCCCCUUAACCACUGUGGACUCAUCAGAUUCGCUGUUUCGCCGUUGUGACAAUGGCAGCCAUUUUUAUCGUUUAGGGAACUGCCUGUUACUCAACAGUUACAUGUCUCUCUAGGACGAACCUCCCCGAAUCUUGAAAACGCUGAUUGCCUUGCAAUUGCAUAUUUAUACAUAAUUCAUGUCUGUAAACACCCAUUCUUCUGAAUGAGAGGAACCUGACAAUAAAGAUGUCUGAUCUGAA